UCAACGCAUGAAAUUAAGUGUAACUCAGUCGUCAUCUUCAAGAACACAGAGAGAAUAAAUACAGGAACCGUGAACAAAGAGAGCUAAAUGAUCCCCUGGCGUACCUGCUGAUUUCAAGAUUUGGAAUACGAGGUUCUGAAAUCUACUUCUUAACUCAAACUCAAUGGAUGUUGAGAAAACCCUUCACAUGAAGGAAGGAGUUGGAGUCACAAGCUAUGCUCAAAAUUCAUCUCUUCAGAAAAAUGGGUUAGACAGAGUGAAGCCCAUAACAGAGGAGGCUGCGAUAAACAUGCUUUGUUCGACGAAUUACCCUCGAAGUUUGGUGAUCGCUGAUUUGGGGUGUGCCUCAGGACCCAACACUUUCUCUGUCUUAAUUACAAUCAUCAAAACUAUAUGUGGGAGAUACAGAGAAGCUUCUCUCUUACUACCAGAGUUUCAAGUUUACCUCAAUGACUUGCUUGGAAAUGAUUUCAAUUCGGUUUUUAGGGCACUGCCCUCUUUCCAUGAGUCCAUUGGAGAGAAAGAAGGUGUUUUCGGCUCGUGUUUUGUGGCAGGUGUUCCGGGUUCUUUCUAUGGGAGGCUCUUUCCUAGCAACAGUCUACACUUUGUGCACUCUUCUUACAGUCUCCAUUGGCUCUCCAGGGUUCCUUUGGGACUGUAUGGUGAGGAUGGCGUCCCACCAAACAAGGGAAAGAUAUACAUCUCGGAAGCCAGUCCUCCAUGUGUGCCAAAAGCCUAUUUCUCUCAGUUUAAGAAGGAUUUCUCAUUAUUUCUCAAAUCACGCUCUGAAGAAAUGAUUGACGGUGGUCGAAUGGUGUUAAUGCUUUUGGGUCGAAGGACUGAUAAUCCAUGUGACAAAGAUGCCACUUUUCUUUGGGAAAUUUUUGCAAAAGCCUUCGCUUACUUGGUUUCAAAGGGUUUGGUUGAAAAGGAAAAGGUGGAUUCUUACGAUGUGCCUUUCUACGCUCCAUCCUUAAAGGAAGUGGAAGAGGAGGUCAUGAGAGAAGGGUCCUUCCAAAUUGAGCAUGUGGAGGUGCUCAAUACACAUCGAAAACAUAACCACUGCAGAAAAAUAGUGAUGGCAGUUCGGUCAAUAAAUGAGCCCAUGCUUAAGCAACAUUUUGGAGAGAAAAUAAAUGACAAUUUGUUUGAGAAGUAUGGAGAGAUACUUGAAAAGGAAAUGGCUCAAGUGGAGACUAAGGAGAUCAGCUUCUCUAUAGUCCUAAGGAAAUCACAUUGAUUUCUAUGCAUUGUGCAUUUCCCUUUGAUUUUGGUUGUUUGCAAAAUUUCCUUUUCAAUGGCAAGUAAGGCAUUGAAUUUUCAUUUUGUUGCCACUAUGUUGACCAACGCUGUUUCAUGUUUUUGGCAUGACAUUAAAUAUCGGAAAUUAUGAAGUUC